GGCUACCCUGGACAGCGCAUCGCGGCCGCGCGGCCAUGGAGCAUCUGAAGGCCUUUGAUAAUGAAGUCAAUGCUUUCUUGGACAACAUGUUUGGACCACGAGAUUCUCGAGUUCGAGGGUGGUUCCUGCUGGACUCGUACCUCCCCACCUUCAUCCUCACCAUUGUGUAUCUGCUCUCAAUAUGGCUGGGCAACAAGUACAUGAAGAACAGGCCUGCUCUUUCUCUCAGGGGAAUUCUCACCUUGUACAACCUCGGAAUCACACUGCUUUCUGCAUAUAUGCUGGUGGAGCUCAUCCUCUCCAGCUGGGAAGGAGGCUACAACUUGCAGUGUCAGAAUCUCGACAGUGCAGGAGAUGGUGAUAUCCGGGUAGCCAAGGUCUUGUGGUGGUACUACUUCUCCAAACUAGUGGAGUUCCUGGACACGAUUUUCUUUGUUCUUCGAAAAAAGACCAAUCAAAUCACCUUUCUUCACGUGUAUCACCAUGCGUCCAUGUUUAACAUCUGGUGGUGUGUUUUGAACUGGAUACCUUGUGGUCAAAGCUUCUUUGGACCGACCCUGAACAGCUUCAUCCACAUUCUCAUGUACUCCUACUACGGACUGUCCGUGUUCCCGUCCAUGCACAAGUACCUCUGGUGGAAGAAGUACCUCACACAGGCUCAGCUGGUGCAGUUCGUCCUCACCAUCACACACACGCUGAGUGCUGUGGUGAAGCCCUGCGGCUUCCCCUUUGGCUGUCUCAUCUUCCAGUCUUCCUAUAUGAUGACGCUGGUCAUCCUGUUCUUAAACUUCUAUAUUCAGACAUACCGAAAAAAGCCAGCGAAGAGAGAGCUGCAAGAGCAACCUGCAGGGAAAGAAGUGAAGAACGGUUUCCCCAAAGCCCACUUCAUUGCGGCAAAUGGCAUGACGGACAAGAAGGCGCAAUAAAAUGAAGUCCAGGGAAACAAACUGACAGCGGCGGCGGUGGCGGCGGCGACCAGAUGAGCUUGUUUUAAAGCAGAGACUGAAUUGAAAGUUGUAUGUUUUAGCAUAAACUAAUUCCUUUUGCGUUUGUAAAUCAUUUGUACCCAGAAUGUAUUAUAAUAUAUUGCUAUUAGGUUACUCUAUUAACUGGAGCGAUGCCGACCUCUACAAAGCUCACAACAGGUGCACGGCGCCCUCUCCUGCGCUCUUCGCAAUGCCUUAUUCAUGUAGAAAACCAGGAGACUCGGGCUUUGUGUUUCGUGGCAAGUCUUCAGAGUUAAUUUUCUUUAGAUUAAAUGUGUAAAAAUGUUAAUUGUAUUGUAAAUGUCAGGGUCUGUUCUAGUCUAUGUCAAGCAAUAACUGUCAGUGCAUAAAUCGAUGAGUCCACUGUUGCUUAAGGCAGCAGCCCCAGGAAAGCAUUUAAAUGAGAUCCUUAGCAAGACAGAAUCCAGCAAACCCCUUCCUCUCUUACGCCAGGAGUCUCAUCUGCUACAUUUUUAAAAAAACCACCUCUGAUUUUAAACUUAGUGACAUAGUAGUGAAAUUUGUUCAUCUUCAAUAUAAUUUGAAGAUAGUCAUUCUGUAAAGGGACAGCUUCUUGAGCUGGGUAUAGUGGCACUCGUCUGUGAGUCCAGCACUUGAGUAUUGGGCUGGGUAUGGUGGCACUCAUCUCUGAGUCCAGCACUUGAGUAUUGGGCUGGGUAUGGUGGCACUCAUCUCUGAGUCCAGCACUUGGGUAUUGAGCUGAGUAUGGUAGCACUCAUCUGUGAGUCCAGAACUUGGGUACUGAGACAGCCUGGGAUACGCAGGCACAAGACUCUGUCUUGACCAGGAAAAAAAAAAUGUUUGCCAAAUCAUUAUAACUCAGGGGCUUUGGACAGAGCCAUCUCUCAGUUUCAAUUGGCUUCCUUACUCAUCCAUCCCUGUCUUCCUCCCUUGUUAGUCUGGAUUCAUGGAGUUACGUUCCCCACAUCCAAAGCCAGUGUCUACAUACAGCUGCCAUGCCCUCUCUGAACAAAAGCUGGAGUCCAGUUGCAGUUCUUCUUGGCACAGAAAUGCAACUGGAAUACUUAUAAAUCAUCAUCAACAGAAAUCCAGGGACAAAACAGACAUCCUAUCUGUCCGCUGCUGCUGCUGAGCCUGCUCGUGAACAUUACUGCAGGCAGUUGCUAUCAAGCUCCAUGAAUUUUAACUUUUAAGUUUCAGAAAGGAGAAAAGGAUAUAGUAGUCAUUUGGAAAGAUCCCGUGGGCUGGGAAUAGGACAUAAUGAUGUGUCUGGCCCAAGCAGCAGUGCCCUCCCUGCUUAGAACUGUGGUCUCUGUGGAGAAGCUAGUACAGAGGCAGACCACGGCACUGGACUGCUUCCUUUCCCUCAAACUGAUGGAGCACCACUAUUAAACUAUACCAAGCAUGAAAAAGUGCAUUGUUCAAAACGUACACAAAACACAACUUGCUCUAUUUUCCCUCCAUUUUAGCAAAUAUGUUCUUGGUUCAUGGCACCGGCAUCCAGCACAUGGGCACCAGGUAGGCUUUCCUCGAGUGCCAACAGUGGGGCCUGCCCACCCCUGUCUUCUUAUUCUCUUUCUGGGCAAGCUCCCAUUUUAACUUUUCCCUGUUAAAAAUUGCACUGACGUUUUUAAACUCGUAAGUAUACUGCCCUUCUCGCUGGUGUAUUUUGAAAAGCACCACAGUCCGAUGUCCUGUGCCAUCUCUGUCAUUCCUGUUGAACAGACUCUUCCUGUCUGGUGACCACCUAUGCUUCAAUGCGUUUUCUAAACAAUUUUCUCAAACUGAACUGCUCCCAGGUGCUUUGUUACCACCAUAUCUCUGGUGACUUAGACUCAAGUUGGUGUAUUCUUUCCCAAGAAUUCAUUUUAAGAGUUAGCUUUGAGUAUGUUAUUGUGCUUCUAUGACAAUACCAAAGGAAUAAACUCCUUGGUGAAUCUGGAGUUCAGCUUUAGUUUUCAAACACAAUCUGAAGUCUGUUACUAAAAUGAAUUCUGGGUAAAAAUGAGACUCGGGCGGUAUCACUGGUCAUUGCAUCAGAUUAUUCUUGCUUGCCAGUGAGAGGCACUGAAGUCACGCUGUGCAUCACACCUUCAGUUUAGGGUGUUUUCAUGACCUCACAUCUGUGUAGCACAAAGGGUGUUGCCUUCCUAUGGAAGAUCAACAAUGGCAGCUCAAAGUACCAGCCAGCUUUAGACCUCCCAGAGCAAAGCUCAGGGCAGCACUAAGCCUUAAACCACCCAGGGGCUGACCAACCAUGCAGAGCUAUGAAAUCUGUGCUGAGAAAAUGCAAUCUGGAAAGAUUUUAACCCAUUCAUUCUUAGUGUGAAUUUUCUAAAAUAGAAGUAUAAAAAAUUUGUCUCUAUAAUCUGAUAAAAAAUAAAAACCUGUGUUUUCCCAAGUAAAUUCCCUUUUAUUCAUGAGAACAAAAGUACUUGGAUACUAUAAAACUUAAAUUUCCCCAACUUUUAAAAUAAAAUGGAAUAUUUGCUGAAUGAAUUAAGCAUAGAAAAUGUCAACCCAUCAGAAUUAUAUUUAUACAUAUUGGUGGAUAAGUUCCUGUCUUCCCACAUCAGAGAAUUAUUUUUUUUACCAAAAUGGGCAGAAUAGCAUUUUGUAUGUUAGAGACCAUUCUUUGAUAGUCCUUCUGAAACAUUCCUUUGUCAUUUAAGAAUGUUAGUAGAGGUCGCUUCUUUGGAAAUUGAGGACUUUUUGUUUUCCUUUGAAAGUAUGGCAUCUGAAGAACAUAGUAUCAUGACUCGGGUGGAAAGGGAGGCAGAAGCCAUUUUUCUUUUAGAUGAAAAGCAUUCUGUGUGAUUGUUGUAUAAUAAAUUGAUUUUUACACUAAAA